AUGUUGCGCGCGUCGCUGUUGCGCCAUCGCGGAAAUGUCGUUCUGCGCGCGCCGCAUGCGUCGCCUCUGUCGUCGUACUCGUACUUUCGCAAUGCGCCGAAGCACCCUGCAGCGUCGUCGUCGGUUGUGGGGCAACGCCUCAAACCUCAGGCCCUCCUGUACCAGCGCGAGCUCGAAAAAGACAGUUGCGGUGUCGGCAUCUUGGCGCAGCUGCAAAAGAAACCGUCGCGAAAAGUUGUGCUGCAGGCCAACGAAAUGCUUGUCCGCAUGAGUCAUCGCGGGGGGUGUGGAUGCGACCCUGCGUCGGGGGACGGCGCUGGCAUGCUCGUCGGGAUGCCUCACAAAUUUAUUCAACGGCUCGUCGACGAAGGCGCGUUUGGCGGUGCCCGUGUCGCCCUCGUCCCCGAACAGUACGCCGUCGGCAACGUCUUCUUCACCAAGGAUUCCGCAUGCAUUGAAGCGAGCAAGAAGUCGUUCAACGCGCUCGCGAAGGAUUUGAACUUGACUGUCGUUGGGUGGCGGUCCAUGCCGACCUCCAACCACGAAUUGGGACAGACGUCGCUCGCGUCGGAGCCACACAUCGAACAAGUCCUCGUCCUUCCCCCGCCUAACUUCUCCAACGACCACUUUGAGAAGGAACUCAUGCGGUUACGCAGAGUCGCGACAAGCGCCAACAAAGAGAGCGAGAUGUACGUUUGCUCGCUGUCGAGCCAGACCCUCGUGUACAAGGGCCAGCUCACCCCAGGCCAAGUCAUGCCCUACUACGCUGAUCUCCAGGCACACGACUUCAACUCGCACUUGGCACUUGUGCACUCGCGCUUCAGUACCAACACAUUUCCGUCCUGGGACCGCGCGCAGCCAUACCGCGUGCUGUGCCACAACGGCGAGAUCAACACGUUGCGCGGCAACAAGAAUUGGAUGUUUGCACGCGGGUCCAAGGCGCACAGCGCGUACUUUGGUCAUGCCACGUCGUCGCUCUUGCCCGUGUGUUCCGACGACAUGAGCGAUUCCGGCAACUUUGACGCGGCGCUGGAACUGUUGACGACGGCCAGUUCGUGCGACCGGUCGCUGCCGGAAGCAAUGAUGAUGAUGAUUCCGGAAGCAUGGCAGACACACAUGUCGAUGCCGGCGGCCAAGAAAGCCAUGUACCAGUACAACGCGUGCAUGAUGGAGCCAUGGGACGGUCCGGCCAUGGUCGCGUUUACAAACGGGAAGACAGUGGGCGCGUCGUUGGACCGCAACGGACUGCGACCGAGUCGAUACUACGUCACCACCGACGACCACGUGAUGCUGUCGAGCGAAGUCGGCGUGAUUGAAGGGCUCAUGGAGGCCGACGUGGCGGCCAAGCACCGCCUCGAACCCGGCAAGAUGUUUUUUGUUGACUUUGACCAAGGCCGGAUCGUUUCGGACGACGAAAUCAAAGCGACGGUGAGCGCCGCGCGCCCGUACGGCGAGUGGGUACAACACAUGAUCCAUUUCCAAACGCCGGCAGUUGCGGCGGCGGCCGCCACCCAGCCAGGCACGGCCCCUCUCCCUCCGGCCGACAUGCCGCGUCGCCUCAACCUGUACGGGUUCACGACGGAAACCAUGGAAAUGCUGUUGGUCCCCAUGGGCCUCGAACACAAAGAAGCCCUCGGGUCCAUGGGCAACGACGCGCCCCUCGCCGUCCUGUCGGAGCAGCCCAAGAUGCCCAACGAAUACUUCAAGCAGCUUUUUGCACAGGUGACCAACCCCCCGAUCGACCCGAUUCGGGAAGACCUCGUCAUGAGUUUGCGAUGUCCCGUCGGGCCCGAACAGAAUGUGCUGGACGCGUCAGCAGAUCACGCAAAGCGGCUGAUCGUGGACCAUCCGGUGCUGUCGUUGGAAGACUUGCAUACACUCAAGUAUGGCAUGGCCGACUCGAAGUGGACAGCCAAGACGGUCGAUGCGACGUUUCCAGCGCAUAGUGGCCAUGCAGGGCUCGUCCAUGCGCUCGAUCGUCUGUGUGAAGAGGCCACCACCGCGGCCGCGCAAGGACAAGCGGUGCUCGUGUUUUCAGACCAAGCUGCCGGCCCCGAUCGGUUCCCGAUUCCGUCGUUGCUUGUCGUUGGCGCGGUGCACCAGCACCUCCUACGCACGCAACAACGGACGUCCGUCGCGAUCUUUGCCGAAUGCGGAGAUGCCAAGGAAGUGCAUGACUUUGCGACGUUGCUCGGGUUUGGAGCGGACGGCGUGUGUCCGUAUAUGGCGUACCACGCGUUGGGGUACAUGAACAGUGAAGGGCUUGUCGAAGCCAUCGCGAAGAAGAAGGUGGAGACGGCGGCGCUAUGGGCCAACUACCAGACGGCUGUCGGGAAAGGCCUGCUCAAAGUCAUGUCGAAGAUGGGCAUUUCGACGCUGCAGUCGUACAAGGGCGCGCAGGUGUUUGAAGCGGUCGGGCUUGGCGCUGACGUGAUUGACCGAUGCUUUUACGGCACAACGUCGCGCCUCCAAGGCAGCAACAUGGCGACAUUGUACGACGACAUUGCACGCCUGCAUGAAGCUGGCUUCCCCACCCAUUCCCUGGAAAUGCCGUUGGUGCGAAACCCGGGCCAAUACCACGCGCGCGAGAACGGCGAGUUGCACUUUAACACACCGAGCGCGAUCGUCGCGCUGCAGACGGCGGCGCGUACGCAGUCCCGCGAUGCAUAUGGCCAAUAUCGUGACUUGACCAACGCCGCGUCCAAACGCGUCACGCUGCGUGGGUUGCUCGCGUUCCAAACGGUGCCGGAGGAGCGUCGCCCGCGCUGGGACGAGAUGGAGCCGAUUGCCAACAUUGUGAAGCGAUUCAACACUGGUGCCAUGUCUCUUGGUUCGAUCUCGCGCGAGACCCACGAGGCGCUCGCGAUCGCGAUGAACCAACUGGGCGGUCGAUCGAAUACGGGCGAAGGCGGCGAAGACCCGAAGCGAUACAUGCCUCAACCCGAUGGGGCGCCGAACCCGAUGCGAUCGGCCAUCAAGCAAGUGGCGAGUGGACGAUUUGGCGUGACGAUGCAUUACUUGUCGAAUGCCGACCAGCUUCAAAUCAAAAUGGCGCAAGGUGCCAAGCCCGGCGAAGGCGGCGAACUUCCUGGCCACAAGGUGUCGCCAUACAUUGCCGCGCGCCGCCACACGACUCCUGGUGUUGGCUUGAUUUCGCCGCCGCCGCACCACGACAUUUACUCGAUCGAAGACCUCGCCCAGCUCAUCCACGACUUGAAAAACUCGAACCCGACCGCUGAAAUGAGCGUCAAACUUGUGUCCGAAGUGGGCGUCGGCAUCGUGGCGGCUGGCGUCGUCAAGGCCAAGGCCGAGCACAUCACAAUCAGUGGCCAUGACGGCGGGACCGGCGCAUCGUCUUGGACGGGGGUCAAGCACAGCGGUCUGCCGUGGGAACUCGGUCUCGCGGAAGCCCAGCAAACGCUCGUGCUCAACAACCUGCGGUCGCGGAUCAAGUUGCAAACGGACGGCCAGCUCAAGACGGGCCGAGACGUUGUAAUCGCCGCGCUGUUGGGCGCGGAAGAGUACGGGUUUGCGACGGCGCCGCUGAUUGCGCUCGGCUGUGUCAUGAUGCGCAAGUGCCAUUUGAACACGUGCCCCGUCGGGAUUGCCACGCAGGACGAAGAACUGCGCAAGAAAUUCACGGGCAUGCCAGAACACGUUGUCAACUUUUUGUGGCUCCUGGCCGAGGACAUUCAAGAGAUUGUGCGGUCGUUGGGCGCUACGUCGCUGGACGAAGUGAUCGGCCGUGCUGACUUGCUCCAAGUGGACGAAUCGACGCUGCACCGAAAGACGCGGCUCCUGGACCUGUCGCCGCUGCUCGUGAACGCGCAGACGCUGAGCCCAGGCAGUCGCAUUCGCUACGACCCCAACGAUCAGCAAGACCACGAGCUGGACACGAUCUUGGACCAGAAGCUGCUGACGCAAUGCGCGUUGGCCAUCGAAGACGGCACCCCCGUGCAAGUAGCGCUUCCGAUUUCAAACGUCGACCGAACCGUGGGCGCGCUGCUGUCCCAUGUCAUCACCAAGAAGCACGGGGAACGAGGUUGUGUACAGGAUGGAUGUGUGUAUUCGACUCUGAUGCAAGUGCUCCCCCUCCAGGCCUACCCCCCAACACGAUCCGACUCCACUUGCAUGGCCAUGCUGGCCAGUCGCUCGGGUUUGGGCUCGUGCGCGGCGUGGAGUUGAAGGUACUUGGCGAUGCCAACGACUACGUGGGCAAGGCGCUCAGCGGCGGCACUGUGAUUGUCGCUCCCGAAGUCGAGCGCGGCCACAACCAAACGAUCGUUGGAAAUGCUGUCUUGUAUGGCGCGACGAGCGGCAAGGCGUUCUUUCGGGGCAAGGCCGGGGAGCGCUUUGCCGUCCGCAACUCGGGCGUCCAUGCGGUCGUCGAAGGCGUUGGGGACCACGGGUGCGAGUACAUGACGGGCGGCCGCGUGGUGAUUCUCGGCCCGACGGGGCGCAACUUUGGCGCGGGCAUGUCUGGCGGCAUCGCGUACGUGUACGACCCGUCCAACGAAUUUGCCGACAAGUGCAAUCAGUCCAUGGGUGGACUGGAGGCGCUGGACGAGGACGAGCAGUUUGUCAAGGACCUGAUCCAACAGCACGUUCAACACACCAACUCCCCCGUUGGCGAGACCAUCCUGGCCGACUGGGACGCGACCAAGCACGCGUUCGUCAAGCUCAUGCCCCACGACUACAAGCACGUGAUGGCCACCACACAAUCCACCAACGUCGUUGUGGAAUCGACGGUAGAGGCAAGACGUGUCGAGGUCCAUGUCAGCCACUAGUUUCGAUGUCCGGAAUGAGUACUACUACCUAAUCGAGGUUUACCUACUGCAUA